AAUAACCACUGAAGGGUGUUCGAGUCUAUCCAUGGGAGAAAAGGGUGUAAACUGGGGUACACGCUGGACUGGAUACCAGUCAAUGGCAGUUUCAAUAACUAGCAUUGUUAAUAUUGUUCCUUUAUAAAUCAUCAUACAAUGAUUCUCUUUCCAACAGAGGGCAGUAAAACAUUCAUUUUUAAAAAUCUCAUGCAAUUAUUAACAUCUUUGUCUUUCCUCUCAGAAGUGACAUAUAUAGAAUGAAGUUAUUCACAAGUCUACAUUUUCAUGUUCUAGUCAAGCAGUUCAAGAGUACAACAGUAAGAAGACUCCUGGGAUUUGAAGAUGAAACCUGCUGGAAACUCAUUAUCCUAAAACUAUGUCUGGGUGCCAUCUUUUCUUCAUGAGAAAUGAUACAAUCAACAUUUAAGUGCAUAAUGUACAAACAAGUAGCAGUUGUUGACAUUUAACCAACAGCAGCAGUUAGCACAGUUCUUUAUGGUAUUGCCCAGCAAUCUGAAGGUACCCCGUUUUGCCCAUUUUUAAACCAAGCAAGCUGUGGCACUCAGGCUGAUGUUGCCCUCUUGUGCUGAAGUUAUGCCAUGCAGCUACUAGAGAACCCAAUUAAAUAUUCCUUAAACCUAGCAAAGCCAGAUGGUAUUCUGAGGAACUGGACGUCAAUCUGUCUCAGGAUGCUGUAAGAGGAGGAUUGGUCUUUUAUGCUGUUCAUUGAUCUGAUAGAGAAAAUGCUUUCUUGCACAGACAGACCUCCCUGUGCUUGGAGUUCCUGAAUGUUUCCCACUUUAAAUAAAUCACCAUAUCAGACCCUUGCCUUUACACAUUACAUUAGCUUUCCAGUUCUGUCCUUUACAAGAAUAUAUUACAUUCUAUUCCCACCAUAUGUUUUCCUAACAUUUCCAGAUAAGUAAAAACAGUGUGAGUUGUCCCCCCCCCUUCCUCCCCCGCACUUUUGGACUAUAGGUAGGUCAGACAGUAAUUCAACUUUACACAAUACUGGAUGGUGCUGUGUGACAUGGAUGUUUGUCCACAGAAUUUUCAGACAAAACACAGCACUGUGGCACCAAAGGAUGAAGCAUGAUGGACUUCUCUAGACUGUAAAUUUUACUGUUCUGCUGAGCAGUGUCACUGUUGUGUGUGACAGUGAAGCCUAGCAGUAGCUGUCUCCUUAAUUGAAUCCAAAGCCCCCAUAUCGCACUGGGGUGAGAAGUAGGAUGGACCAUGGAGGUGACUGUUCAGCUUGGAGAACUACAAGUCCACAUGCCAGAUGGGGAGUGCACAAGCAAGACACCACGAGGGAGCUGAACAUCAACUGAGGCUGAGUAACUCCGCUCAGACUCCAGAGGCUCUUUCCAACACCAUCUGGCUAACACAGAGCAAAGCACAGAUGCUGAAGUGUGUACGGCUUAUCCCUUACCACACCUGAUCAAGUCUGGAACACCUAAAGGGGAAUCUACUUUGCCACUGCACUGUAAGGAAAAGCACUGCAGGCCUUCCUUGCUUUGGUCCAGAUUGCCCAUCAACCUUUGGCUCACUCUGUUCCACCCUGGUCCAGCACUUUGAUGCUGUCCUCUAGCAUGAGGAAGGUAGCUAACACUGUAAGGAGAGCAGUCUUAGUCGAGUGACUGAUCUUGAAUAUAGACUGUUAUCCAUUAAGAAGAUCAUUCUAAACAAGGAAUGUUGAGGACUUGCUGUAUACAGCCCAUUCCAGUUUUUGGAAAAGACAAGGAUUAGAAAAAUUACUCUAAUUCUUCAUUGAGUUUUGGUCCAGAGAAAGCCUCAAAGCGGAGAUGAGUGGUUCUAAAGACAAUGGAAGCAAAUAGAGAAGAGUGAAGAAUUGAAGAUGGUAAAAAUAAAUUAAUUGGCUGCAGAAGAAUACCAUGUAAAAAGAAGAAAGAGAAUGGAGUCAAUAGAGUAGGUGAGGGUUCAGUGUAUAAUUAGAAGGUUGGAGGUGUCAGUUUUAGAGGGGUUGGAAUGCUGGGAACAAGGUCCCUUGCAGGGUGUCUUGGGGUGGAAGGAAGAGGAGGAUGGGUGUCACUUUUCAUUCAAGUGUGAGAAAACAGGUGGAACUAUGUGUUAUGAUGUCACCCAUCAAAAUUGUCAGAAAUUUCUUGAAAAAUCCAGUAUUUAUUACUUUUGGUACAACCCUCAUAACUGGUCAAGCUUUUAAUUGCUAUGGUAAUGGCCACGUGACAACAGCAAGGGGAGAGUAACCUGCCUGCAUCAUGUCUCACAGCAACUGUAAAGUACAGGUGGAAAGACACGGGGCAUGCUUCUCAAGCUGCCUGCCGUGUCAGAGUGAAGAGGUUGUCAGUUUGGUUAAAUUGAUAACUUUUGCAAGGAUAUGCCUAUUUGUGUCAUUUGUUUUACCUAGGCUUAGCUAAGUAAUUAGUUAAAUAGCCAGCUAUCAAACAGGCAGUUUGGUUUGUAUUAUGGAACUUUUCACAUUUUAAAUAUGUACAUAUUCAGUCACCACCUGUAAUGCAACGAUUUUUAAAAUAUGACUUCUGAAACGUUUUUGUUGGCAGCAGAAAAGGAUAUCUUUCUUGGACUUUGAUUCCACCUGGAGAGGGAAACGUCACGUAGAGACAGUGAACUUGUAACGUCAACAAAGUGAGAGCACAGCUAGCAAGAGUGCAUGCGAACAGUGCAUUAACCGGCGCUGACCAGAACAGUGACAAGAAAAAGGGGAGAGAGAAAAAAUGUUUAAAAACACAUUUCAGAGCGGAUUCCUGUCUAUUUUGUACAGCAUAGGGAGCAAACCCCUCCAGAUAUGGGAUAAAAAGGUGAGAAAUGGACACAUCAAGCGAAUAACUGACAAUGAUAUCCAGUCUCUGGUCCUAGAAGUUGAGGGAACCAAUGUGAGCACUACAUACAUCACAUGCCCUGCAGACCCAAACAAGACACUGGGCAUCAAACUUCCAUUCUUGGUUUUGAUCAUCAAGAACUUAAAAAAAUACUUCACCUUUGAAGUUCAGGUGCUGGAUGAUGAGAAUGUCAGACGGCGAAUCAGAGCAAGUAACUACCAGAGCACAACUCGCGUGAAUCCCUUCAUCUGCACCAUGCCGAUGCGCCUGGACAAAGGCUGGAACCAGAUUCAGUUCAAUCUGUCUGAUUUCAUGCGUCGGGCCUACGGCACAAACUACAUUGAGACACUCCGUGUACAGGUUGACCGUGUGAACAUCUGCCCAAGGACAUUGUGCUGAAUUUGAACCCAUCCAGGUGGCUGGUCCAAUGUGCAUGGACACUUUGGGUGUUAGAGGAAUUCUGUGA